CUCUGGCUUUGGUGCUGCACAUUUGAAUCGGCGCGUUGCAAAGACGGAGGCAUUAUGGAUGAGCGCCCGAAAUGAUGGGGGUUUCUCCCAGAGAUCGCAGCUGCUCGACCACAUCUGUCUCCCUCUGAAAUCACAUAAGAGAGAAGAGUAGACUGCUCAGCGGUGAACAUGUUCUGCGCCAAGCUGAAAGAACUGAAGAUCCCCGGAGAGUGUCCCUUCUCCAGCAAAAACAAGGAGCUGGGAGACUUUGAGGAGCGCUCAAGUGACGCUGCGGAUUUAUUGCCCGUUUCUAAGGACGUGCACAGAAAAACAGGAGAAGAUGCGCCUCGGCAGAGGACAUGCAGAGGCAAAGUUAACCUGCACACACUCGGGGACAGCAUCCGAAAAUUGGCAUGUCCGGGGUUUCAGAGGCUGCACACUGCCCUGCAAAGAAUGAUGGCAGAGGCAGAGCAUGGCUGGGACUCACAGAGUCUAGCAAUUUGCUGCACUCUCCAGAGUUGCAGUGAUAAACCAGAGCAUUUGGUGGAAAUGAUGAAUAGUUACUCAGCCAAAACAGCAAUCCCAAUGGAGGCUCUGAAAGUCGCUCUCGGCGAGGAGGUCUUCAACAUGUGUUACGAAGAAGACAGGCACAUUUUGAGAGUGGUGGGGGGUGCGCUGCAUGACUUCCUCAACAGUUUCAAUGUGCUGCUCAAACAGAGCAAACAGGGCAGCAAGCUGCCCAACCCGGACAGCGAGGAUUGUGUAAACGAGCCAUCAGUGCUUUGCUUAGACAAGGAUCCAGGUCUGCUUACUGUCUAUUUCUUCAACCCCUGCCCCACCACCGAGCUCUUUUUCCCCGGAGUCAUCAAGGCGGCAGCUCACCUGUUGUACCACACUACUGUGGAUGUGUUGAAAGACCCGCUCAACGCAAAAGACUGCAUCCUUCAGUCCAGUCCGCAGCCUAGUCUUCUGUAUACAGUCGUAGUGAAAGAUGCUAAAACUCUGAGCCCCAGUCCGCUGCGAGCCACCUCAGCUGGGACCCUCCCUACCUAUCUGUUUUCCACUGUAUUCCCUUUCCACCUGAUUCUAGACCAGGACUUGGUUCUGGUACAAAUAGGACACGGGCUCAGGAAGCGACUCAUAAGGAAGGACGGACUGAGGCGGUCUCUUACCUUCCAGGAACACUUCUCUAUUGUUUCCCCUGAGAUCAAAUGUACCUUCCAGGGUAUUCUGACCAUGCUCAACACACAGUUCAUCAUCCGGAUCAAACACGGAGCCUCCACCACAGAUAACACGGGGAAGCUCAUGGACCUGAAAGGUCAGAUGAUUUACGUUUCAGAGUCAAAUGCCAUCUUGUUCUUGGGCUCGCCGUGCGUGGACAAGCUGGAGGAGCUAACAGGCCGCGGGCUCUACCUGUCAGACAUCCCUAUUCAUAAUGCGCUGCGGGACGUUGUCCUGGUGGGCGAACAGGCCAAAGCCCAGGAUGGUUUGAAGAAGCGUCUGGGGAAGGCCAAAGCAGCUUUGGAGCAUGCUCACCAAGCGCUCGAGGAGGAGAAGAAGAGGACGGUGGACCUCCUCUUCUCCAUCUUCCCCGGCACCGUGGCACAGCAGUUGUGGCAAGGGGAAAUUGUCCAGGCCAAGAAGUUUCACCACGUUACAAUGCUCUUCUCAGACCUUGUGGGCUUCACGUCUGUUUGCUCGCGCUGUACACCGAUGCAAGUGAUCACCAUGCUCAACGAGCUGUACACCAGGUUUGACCACCAGUGUGGAGAGCUCGAUGUCUAUAAGGUUGAGACCAUUGGUGAUGCUUAUUGUGUAGCUGGUGGCCUGCACAAGGAGAGUGAGACUCACGCCGUCCAAAUUGCACUCAUGGCUUUAAAGAUGAUGGAGCUCUCAGAUGAAGUUAUGACACCAACUGGAGAACCAAUACAGAUGCGAAUCGGCCUCCACAGUGGGUCAGUGCUGGCUGGGGUAGUUGGAGUCAGAAUGCCCCGCUACUGCCUUUUUGGGAACAAUGUUACAUUAGCGAACAAAUUUGAAUCAGGCAGCCAACCGGGGAAGAUCAACGUCAGCCCCACAACCCACAGAUUACUGAAGGAUCGGCCGGAGUUUGUCUUUGUUCCCAGGAGCAGACAGGAGCUUCCGGCCAACUUCCCAGAAGACAUCCCUGGUGUUUGUUACUUUUUGGAGACGGCCUUCAAAACUUCAAAACUGACUAAGAAAUGAAGUCAAACUGCAGCAACGACUCCCUCUCCUCUCAAAAAAGAAUAUUAUCAAGUGAAAACAGUGCAUCUGUCUUGUAUAUAUUGGUCUGGGUUGCUUUAUUAUUGAUGUUGUCACUCAAACUCUUGCUGCAGUUGCUAAAUUACAAAGAUGUCAAAGGUGUCGUCUCUGUACAACAGUCCACAGUUGUAAUUGAGAGACUCACUUCAUCUGUCUUCCAAGAAUGAGUCAUCUCUGGUAUUUGAUAUCGUAUUAAAAGAAAAAAAAAAAGGGAAAAAAGAGAAAGCUGUUCUCACUUGUUGCUCCCACUAGACCCACUAUAAACUGUCAAGGAAAAAUGUUAGCACUGUUUUAUUCUUUUUAACACCUUGUGGAAAAUUUUAAAAGAUACAGUCAAUGUGGCCAAAACAGCACACUUUAAAAAAAGCCAAAAAACAAGAGACUUUUAUAUUCUUAAAGAGUAAAAUAUGUUGCAAUACAUUUUUGAUGUGAUGUAUAAGCACAUAGUGUGGUUUAAAUAUAUGACUUGUUCAUGUAAACAGUAGUUCCUCAUAGUAGCACCUUGCCCUGUUGGCAAAUCAGAAAUCAAAGUAAAACCGAGCUGGCCGUGUGAUCCAAGGCAGAGAUGUGAGGCGUGCCAACAAGUUUAUUUAUUUUCACGAGCUGCACAGUGAUCCUUACCAGUGUCAGCUCACAGCCAGAAGAGUCAAAGCUGGGGUUGGGGCCUUUCUGUUUGGACUUUGCAAGUUCUUCCCAUGCCUUUGUGGUAUUUUCUAUGUACUCAAGCUACAAACUUAUGCCAAAUCAAUAUGUGGAACAUGAUGAUCUGCUGUGGAGACCUCCAAAAAAUAAAAUGUGGAAAAGAUGAAAUAAGUUGGUAUUUAGGCUCCCUGACACUGUCCAAACGGCAUGCAGGUUAGUGUGACUGGAAUGUGGACGUGGGAGUGGAUGGUUGUUUGUCUUCUUUGCUUCUGUGUUGUUCAAUUCAGUUCAAGUCAAGUUAACUCAGUUCAAUUCCAUUCAUCUAAAACAUUUAAAAUGAAAAAAAUUACAUUUUGCUCCUGCAGGAGGAAAAAGAAAACAAAAAAAAAAACAAUCAUUAAUUUAAAGGUGUGUGUUUUGUUGACAUAAAAUACUCCUUGAUACCAGUUUUUUCAUGUUAUGUCUGUGUAUUUUCUUAAUUUUCUUACUCUACACAUCUGUACUAUAUUUAUUACAUGAGUAUCACAACACUCCUUUUCUAUACAGAGGGAAUAUAACACAUUAAUAAAACAAUGAAUGUUUUACUAUCACUGACAAUGAUGUGAUGUAAUCAUUAUUGUAAUGUAAUCAAAGUGCAAUAAAAACUUUCAUAAACA